CUGCAGCUCGAAUUCUGCUGCUUUGCGUUCAACGAUCUAAGAAAAUUAUAAUUAGUUAAAUUCACACACAAAGACGUUUCAAUAUGCGAACAAAUGUCACAACGAAGAUCUUUGCUCGGCUGUAUUUUCUUCUCCUUUAUGGGACUUUGCCUUCACUGCGAGCAGAGAAGCACUCGCUGUAUUACAUUUACACAGCUCUUUCCAAACCUGUGGAUCUGCCGGGCAUCUAUCAGUUCAGUGCUAUGGGUCUGCUAGAUGACAGACAGAUCGACUCUUACAAUAGUAAAGAACAGAGGAAGAUUCCCAGACAGACCUGGAUGAAAGAGAAAAUGCAGGAGGAUUACUGGGAAAAAGGCACCCAGUCCAGAAAGAGCAAAGAACAGUGGUUUAAUGUGAAUGUUGAUAUUCUGAUGAAACGCAUGAGACACAAUGAAUCAGAUCUUCAUGUUCUUCAGUGGAGACACGGUUGUGAAAUUGAGAAACAAGGAGAUGAAGUGAAGUUUUCCAAAGGCAUUAGUGAAUACGGCUUUGAUGGAGUAAACUUUCUGUCUUUUGAUGAUAAAGAGUCUCAGUGGGUCGCUCCUGUUGAUGCAGCUCUACCAUCCAAGAGAAAAUGGGACAGUGUGCCGAUCCUAAACCAAUACACCAAAGGAUACCUGGAGAAAGAGUGUGUGGACUGGCUCAACAAAUUCAGAGACUAUGCAGACGAGGAGCAGAGAAAAGCUGCUCCUCCAGAUGUUCAUGUGUUUGCAAGGAAAUCCAGUGAUGAAUCCAAGCUGAAACUCACCUGUCUGGCCACUGGUUUCUACUCUAAAGACGUGACGAUGACUGUUAGGAAAAAUCACACAUCAGUGUGUGAAGAUGAGGUUAAAUCCACAGGAAUCAGACCAAACCAUGAUGGGACUUUCCAGCUGAGGAAGAGUGUGGAGAUCAAUGAGGAUGAAAAAGAUGAAUAUGAUUGUUUUGUGUCCCACAGAACCUUCAAAUCAAUUAUCUUGAAACUGGGACAAGUUACUGAACCGUUGAUCGCUGAAGCAUCUACUGGACGAGAGAAAGCUGGAGAAACAUUAGACAGCUGUGUGACAGUCUCUCCGGAGAAAGUCAUUCAAACUGAGAAGCACUCGCUGUAUUACAUUUACACGGCUCUGUCCAAACCUGUGGAUCUGCCGGGCAUCUAUCAGUUCAGUGCUAUGGGUCUGCUAGAUGACAGACAGAUCGACUCUUACAAUAGUAAAGAACAGAGGAAGAUUCCCAGACAGACCUGGAUGAAAGAGAAAAUGCAGGAGGAUUACUGGGAAAAAGGCACCCAGUCCAGAAAGAGCAAAGAACAGUGGUUUAAUGUGAAUGUUGAUAUUCUGAUGAAACGUAUGAGACACAAUGAAUCAGAUCUUCAUGUUCUUCAGUGGAGACACGGUUGUGAAAUUGAGAAACAAGGAGAUGAAGUGAAGUUUUCCAAAGGCAUUAGUGAAUACGGCUUUGAUGGAGAAAACUUCCUGUCUUUUGAUGAUAAAGAGUCUCAGUGGGUCGCUCCUGUUGAUGCAGCUCUACCAUCCAAGAGAAAAUGGGACAGUGUGCCGAUCCUAAACCAAUACACCAAAGGAUACCUGGAGAAAGAGUGUGUGGACUGGCUCAACAAAUUCAGAGACUAUGCAGACGAGGAGCAGAGAAAAGCUGCUCCUCCAGAUGUUCGUGUGUUUGCAAGGAAAUCCAGUGAUGAAUCCAAGCUGAAACUCACCUGUCUGGCCACUGGUUUCUACUCUAAAGACGUGACGAUGACUGUUAGGAAAAAUCACACAUCAGUGUGUGAAGAUGAGGUUAAAUCCACAGGAAUCAGACCAAACCAUGAUGGGACUUUCCAGCUGAGGAAGAGUGUGGAGAUCAAUGAGGAUGAAAAAGAUGAAUAUGAUUGUUUUGUGUCCCACAGAACCUUCAAAUCAAUUAUCUUGAAACUGGGACAAGUUACUGAACCGUUGAUCGCUGAAGCAUCUACUGGACGAGAGAAAGCUGGAGAAACAUUAGACAGCUGUGUGACAGUCUCUCCGGAGAAAGACAUUCAAACUGAGAAGCACUCGCUGUAUUACAUUUACAUGGCUCUGUCCAAACCUGUGGAUCUGCCGGGCAUCUAUCAGUUCAGUGCUAUGGGUCUGCUAGAUGACAGACAGAUCGACUCUUACAAUAGUAAAGAACAGAGGAAGAUUCCCAAACAGACCUGGAUGAAAGAGAAAAUGCAGGAGGAUUACUGGGAAAAAGGCACCCAGUCCAGAAAGAGCAAAGAACAGUGGUUUAAUGUGAAUGUUGAUAUUCUGAUGAAACGCAUGAGACACAAUGAAUCAGAGCUUCAUGUUCUUCAGUGGAGACACGGUUGUGAAGUUGAGCAGGAGGGAGAUGAAGUGAAGUUUUCCAAAGGCAUUAGUGAAUACGGCUUUGAUGGAGUGGACUUUCUGUCUUUUGAUGAUAAAGAGUCUCAGUGGGUCGCCUCAGUUGAUGCAGCUAUACCAUCCAAGAGAAAAUGGGACAAUGUGCCGAUCCUAAACCAAUACACCAAAGGAUACCUGGAGAAAGAGUGUGUGGACUGGCUCAACAAAUUCAGAGAAUAUGGAAAUGAGCACCUCAGAAACACCUCUCCUCCAGAUGUUCAUGUCUUUGCAAAAAGGUCUUCCAGAGACAAAACCAAGCUGAAACUCACCUGUCUAGUCAGUGGCUUCUACCCCAAAGACAUGACACUGGUCAUGAGGAAAUAUCGCACAUCUCUGUGUGAAAAUGAGGUUGAAUCCACAGGAAUCAGACCAAACCAUGAUGAAACGUUCCAGCUGAGGAAGAGUGUGGAGAUCAAUGAGGAUGAAAAAGCAGAAUAUGAUUGUUUUGUGUCCCACAGAACCUUCAAAGAACCAGUUAUUGUCCAAUGGGAUGCUGUGACGGCAUGAUUGGAGAUACAGCUGUUUCACACUGGAACAGUAUGUGACUGGAAGCAGUGGAAAUUGGAUUAGCAUGCUUUUUAACCUCUACUUUAAAUCAUUUUAGCAUGCUUUUGUGUUGUUUGUUAGUUUGUUUUACACAAGCUACAUAUAUAUUCACCGAAAUAAUUGAUAAUCAUAAAAAAAUAUUAUUACUCAUGUAGCUCCAUUAUCAUUAAUCUGAAUAGAUGCACUGUGCAUGCACUGACUUGUUGAUCAGAAUAAAUAUAUUGCACAUGUAAACAAAUAUGUGAAAUAGAUUGCAAAGCUUAAGGCUUAUAUAAGCAGAAUUUUCACAAUCUGAAACAGGAUUGUAUUUAUUCGGAUUGUCAAAGAGUAGUGCAUGUAAAUACUGUAUAUACUGACAGUGUUAAUCAUGUUUAUUUGUAAUUCCAUUUUAAUUUUGAUCACCAAAGAAAUCCCUGUUUCUUUGAAAGGAUCAUGAACUGCAUUUUUUUA